AUGGACACAAUCUACAGAGAUCUUGGGGGUGGAAGCAUAGAAAUUCGGCUUGUGAAGGUCCAACCUGGAACGGACCUCUCGCCAAUUGUCUGCAAGCUGGAAACCGUUUUUCUAAGGCACAACUUGGAAUACGAAGCCCUAUCGUACGUAUGGGGAGAUCCGGACGGUCCGAAGGUGACUAUUACUGUCAAUGACAAGCCAUAUCCCAUCACCGAAAAUCUCCAUGCGGCAAUCAAGCGGCUGAGAUUUCCUGAUCUUGAACGAACAUUAUGGGUUGAUGCAAUCUGCAUCAAUCAGCAGGAUGUUUAUGAGAGAUCAGCCCAAGUUGCUAUCAUGGGCGACAUCUUCCAGAAAGCUCGCAUGGUCAUAAUUUGGUUUGCAAGAGUCGUCAAAAGCUUUAACCCAACCUUCCCGCUACGUGGCAUUUCGAGAGAACCAGUUCCGGAUGACGACGAAAAGCACAGAGUCCUGCAUAGCGAUGGGGGAUCAGAGGAUCCGGGAUAUUGUUAUCACCACUUGGCUCUCCGUACGCCUCGAUAUGGUCGCGACAUAAUGGAGCGGGCAUGGUGGAAGCGCGUCUGGACUCUGCAAGAGCUUGUCCUUGCCACUGAGGCAACAUUUGUCUGUGGCGGAUACUCCAUCAGCUGGGACGACCUGGACAGGUGCAUCAGACACCUCAAAUGGGCCGGGCCUGACUUUACAAAGCCGGAAGAUCCCCUUUACCUUAUGAGACAUCAUCUGACAUUUUCCUCCUUCCGGGAAAAGAGGCUCGGCCGGAAGAAGAUUCCACUCCUUUCCCUCAUCAAAGCUUGGCGUGAACAUUCAGCUACCGACGCGAGAGAUUAUAUCUAUGCCUUUCUUGGCCUUAUUUCAGACUACCGCCAGUUCGAACCCAACUAUUCCAAAACUGAAGAGGAAGUCUACAUCGACUUCGCGAAGCAUUGCAUUCUCACAACAUCCCACCUCAAUGUACUCAGCGCUGCUGGCUACCAUAAAGACCUUAGAGUCCCGUCUUGGGUCCUGGAUAGCACAUGCUUCGCUGAAAGAUCAAGGCCUCAGUACCUGACCGACCUGGACCGGGAGAGCAGCAUUUUUGCGGCCACUGGCACAUCCACAUCCACAGCAUGUGUCACCGACGACUUGACACUACAAGCCGAGGGCUGGAUUGUCGGCGUCGUUGAGAAUGUAGGAACAGUUGCUCCACCGUUGGAGAAUCUUGACUACAUGAAAGUUCUCUCGGACUGGGAGCAGGUUGUGUUCCGCAAGUUCGGCGACAGCGGAGACUGCUCCAGAGCGGCCUCCAAGUCUGGCCCCAAGAUGACCCAGAAGCGCCCUACUCCCUUCGAGUAUUACGGACUUCCAUAG